UUAGUCCAGUUGCAACAAAAGCGAGACCAACUGAAGAAGUUGGUACAUCGGCCGAUGUUGUGACUAGAAUUGGUGAGUUUCAUUUAUCGUUUGUUUCAAGCUCGGAUUAUCAUUAUGCUCAUUGUAAUCCUCCUGUUUGUAGAAUCUCCUCUUAAAGAGUCUCUUAGUUUGGACCCGCCGUCCUCUGAGACUUUAGUUGAAAAAGUCCCUGAUGUAGCGGGUGCAUCAACAGCUACCAUUCCUGAACCAAUCUUGACUGUUCAGGAAUCCAGAUUACCAUCCUUGAGCGAACCAAGUCAUGCUGAAGGUUCUUCCGUCGAAUUUGUUCCUUCAUCAUUAUCAACUCAAAUCCAAGCGUUAUUGGUUGAUGACGAUCCGGACAAGUCUGUUAUCUGCUCUAAUCUCCAAGGCUUCAUCUCCUUUUUGAACUCUAUGGUCGAUCGCAUUCUCUUCAAAAGAUCGUAUUUUGAGAAUUAUAAAAAAUCUUUUGAGCGUUUUAUAUCAGGGUUCAGAGAGGAAGGGUAUAACGACUUAGCCGAUUCACCGGGAUUUAGAAUCGAGUCGAGCGGAAAUAGCUCGCUUAGAGGAGGAACUUGCAAUGGCCAAGGAUGCUCUUGA